AUAAAAGCUUCUCAAAGGGCAGCAAAAUCUAACAGCCAUUGAACUCUAAAUAAAAAUUCAAAAGAAAUUUGGAAGAGAAAAAAACAUGAGGGCUUCGAUCAAUCGUCCUCCGACGCCGGAUGCUGAAGAGGAGCCGGAGCGAGAGCCAACCCUUCAAGAGAUUAUCAAUAUCAAGAUGAUCGAAAGUGGGGAGAAGGAGAAAUUGAUGGAGCUCUUAAGAGAAAGGCUCAUUGAAUGUGGCUGGAGGGAUGAAAUGAAAGCUCUUUGCAGGGCCUACGCAAGGAAGAAAGGGAGAAAUAAUGUCACAGUAGACGACCUUAUAGAUGUUAUUACUCCAAAAGGCAGAGCGUCAGUGCCUGAUUCUGUGAAGGCUGAGCUAUUGCAACGCAUUAGAUCAUUCCUCAUGGCAGCUGCACUCUGAUUAGAUUGUGCCCUCAAUAUCAUAUGAUAUAAUGUAAAGUAAGAGUCAUUUUUUUGUGUAAUUCCAAAUGCCGAAGCUAUAAGGAAAAAAUAUUUAAUUUCAAGACUAAGUAUCAUUUUAGCCUAUAACGGUCCAUGUAUGGCUUUACUCUGUCUCCAUAUUUUAUGGGAGUUGUGUUGUGUCGUAGAGACAUCAUCCAAAUGUAAACAUUAUGUCUUGAAUGUGUUACUAAUGAAAUGUUAUUUCAAGGAA